AUGGAUGGAGUUAUUGAUAAACUAUCAACUGAUAAGAGAGUAGAAAAGAGUGGAACUGCAACUCAUCUCUAUGUGGACUAUGUAAAUUUACCUCGUGCUGUCAAGAAGGGCUCCCGUAUUUUCAUAGAUGAUGGACUGAUCUCGUUGCUGGUCGAAGAAGUCUCCGAAAAUUCUGUAAUGUGCGAAGUAGAAAAUGGUGGUAUGCUAGGUAAUAGGAAGGUCAGUGGUAACUAUUUUUGAGA